AUGAACAAGGCAAGAAAAAAUAAAGAGUUUAAAGAGAAAGAACUUGCUUCCAAAAAAAGUGUCAGAGAAAAUCCUGAAACAAAGCUCAAGGAAAGAGAACGUACAUUAAAAAGUAUGAACAAGGCAAGACAAAGUAAAGAAUUUAAAGAGAAAGAACUUGCUUCCAAAAAAAGUGUCAGAGAAAAUCCUGAAACAAAGCUCAAGGAAAGAGAACGUACAUUAAAAAGUAUGAACAAGGCAAGACAAAGUGAAGAAUUUAAAGAGAAAGAACUUACUUCCAAAAAAAGUGUCAGAGAAAAUCCUGAAACAAAGCUCAAGGAAAGAGAACGUACAUUAAAAAGUAUGAACAAGGCAAGGCUAAAUACAGGAUUUUGUUUAAAAGAAAGAGAAGCAAAGAAAAUGAAAAGAGACAAUGUGCAGCAGCUGGAGAAAGAACGGCUUUGUAAACAACAAAGUAGAAGAAAUUAUAGAGAAAAAGAAAGAGAGAGUGAAAGAGUUUCUAAAGCUAAAAGGAGGCUUGAUGCAGAAUUUACAGACCAUGAAAACAAAUUAUUAAAGAAAAGGUGUCAUGGUAAUUCGUUGGAAGAUUGUAUAGAGAAAUUUCAUGAAGAAGUGAAAAUUGGUCCAAUUUAUGUGUGUACAUGUUGUCAUCAAACUUGGUUUUGGAAAAGUGUUGUGAAGCUAGAUACAACUAAUCUUAGUGCUAGUAGUAAAAGUAUUUGUACUGGAUUAAGAUCUGUGGAUGGUAUAGAAUGGUUAUGUAUAACCUGCUGUUCAGCUCUGAAGGAUGAGAAAAUUCCAAAACUUUCUGUUAGAAAUGGAAUGAAAUGGCCUGACCAACCAGAUGCUUUGAAAUUACACCCACUGGAAGAGAGGUUGAUAUCUCAACGCAUACCAUUCAUGCAAAUAAGAGAAUUACCUAGAGGAGGUCAAAUGUCUGUCAAAGGAAAUGUUGUAAAUGUCCCAGUUGAUAUUCAGCCAACUGUAAAUGCCCUUCCACGACAAAUAGAUGAGCAUGUGACUAUAGCUGUAAAAUUAAAGAAAAGAUUAUCUCACAAAUCGGCAUGCUUCACAGAAAAUGUUCGUCCAAAUAUGGUGAUGAGUGCUUUACAGUGGCUUAUGAAAAAUAGUGAGUUGUAUAAAGAUUCUGGUUUAGUGAUAGACCAUUCUUGGAGAGAUGAAAUUGAAAAAAGUAAAGAAGAAACAGUACAAGAACUGAUAGGUAGUUCAAAUGAAAGCGAUGAUCGUGAAUCUGAAGGAAAUGAUGAUGAUUUUUGUGAAGUUUCUUCAAAUGAUUGUAUUCAAGGCAAUUCUGAUACACUUGUUGAUGAAGCAGAUAUUGAUACAAAUAAACUCUAUGUGUUUGCCCCAGGAGAAAACCAAAAACCAAUAAGUUUAUUUACAGAUAAAGAUGCAGAAUAUCUCUGUUUUCCAACAAUAUUUUGUGGUCACCGCAGAAUUGAAAGUGAGGAAAGAGAAGUUCCAGUACACUACAGUGAUAUCGCAAAAUGGGAGUUGCGCAGUGUUGAUAGACGAGCAGCACAAUCUGUACCUAACAUCUUUUUUAAAUUGAAGAAAAUUCAAAUUAAACAGGUUAGUGAUAAAGUUAACUUGGCACUUAGAAGAUGUAAAUCAAAGGGCAAGAAAAUCACUGCAGAACAAGUUUUAAAUCCAGCAAAUGCAGAAAAAAUUGUAAGAUUAAAUGAAGGGUAUUAUAUAUUCAGAACACUUCGAAAUUCUCCUGCAUAUCUUUCAUCUAAAAAGAAGGAUGUAUUUGCCAUGAUAAGACAGUUAGGUCUCCCAACCUGGUUUAUUUCUCUGUCAUCAGCCGAUACCAGAUGGCAAGAUCUGCUUAAAACAUUGGCAACACUAGAUGGAAAAACCCUGUCACAAGAAGAACUAGAGGCCUUGAAUUGGAAUGAAAAAUCAAAACUAGUUAAACAAGAUCCAGUAACAUGUGCAAGAUUCUUUGACAACAGAGUUCAACUCUUCAUCAAUACUGUUCUUAAAAGUCCUCACAAUCCUUUAGGUGUUGUCACUGAUGUGUUUCGAAGAGUAGAAUUCCAAAACAGAGGUUCACCACAUAUUCAUAUGCUGGUAUGGACAAGUGAUGCUCCAAAGCACAAAGAAAAUAGUAAUGAGGAAAUUGAAGCUUAUGUAGAUAAGUAUGUCACAUGUAGUUUGCAGGAAAAUAAUCCUCAAAUGGAGCAGCUUGUAGAGCUUCAAGUACAUAAACACUCAAAGACUUGCAAAAAAGGCGGUAGAUCUGUAUGCAGAUUUGGAUUUCCAUUGCCACCUUUGCCCAAAACCAUGCUUCUUGAACCAUUGGAUGUUGAUGUUGAGCAUUAUAGAAAGAUAUAUUCUGAUAUUCAGAAGAAAAUGAAUGAUUACAAAGAUGGUUGCAGUUUAGACUAUGAGUCCUUCUUAGAGACUAUUGUAGAAAUGUGUGAGGAUGAGUAUAUAAAAUGUAUUCGAGCUUCCUUGAAAGGUCCCAAAAUAUUUCUGAAGAGAAGUCCAUCUGAGAUGAGAGUGAAUUACUAUAAUUCAUCAGUGUUAAAGGCCUGGAAUGCUAACUUAGAUAUUCAGUUUGUACUUGAUCCUUAUGCAUGUGCCACAUACAUUGUUGCUUAUAUCAGCAAAUCUCAGAGAGGAAUCAGUGCAAUGCUUGAUAAGGCAUCUCAAGAAGCUGCAGAGGGAAAUAUGGAUCUUAAGCGUCAAGUUCGACAUAUUGGAAACAAGUUCUUAAACUUUGUUGAGGUCAGUGCACAAGAGGCAAGUUACUUGAUCCUUCAGAUGCCACUUACACAAGCUACUAGAGAGGUUGUUUUUAUAAAUACUUCACCACCUGAAGACAGAGUUUUCUUACUCAAACAUCAAGAUGAAUUGAAUGAGUUACCCAAGGAUUCAACUGAUAUUAAGGCAGACAGUAUGAUACAAAGAUAUGCAAGAAGACCAAAACAGCUAGAAAAUUGGUGUUUAGCUGAUGUUGUUUCCGAAUUGGAAGUAACUUUCCCCAAAGAAAUCAGAAAAGAUUUACAAGAGGAAGUGAAUGAUGAUAACCCAGAAGAUAUUUCUGAAGAAACUUUUUUUACUGAUCAGGAUGUUUUAGUUCAUUUGAAAAAUGGGAUUAAGAUCAGAAGACGAAAAAACAAACGAGUUAUUAGAUAUGUAGGGUACAGCCAAAAAACAAAUUCUGAACAGUAUUACAGAGAAAGAAUUCUUCUCUUUCUGCCUUGGAGAAAUGAGAAUGCUGACCUACUUGGUAGUCAUCAAACUUAUGAACAGCACUACAGGCAAAAAGCAUGUAUAAUACAAGUUAAGCAAAAGCAGUAUGAGCAUUUUGUGGAUGAAUUAGAACAAGCUCGACUUCAAGCUGAAGAAGAUCUUGAUAAUAUGGAGACAGUAGCACCAAAUACAGAACAUGCUGAGGCAGAGGAUGCAGAGAUAAGUUCUGAACCAUCUGAGGAAUUUGUUCAUUAUGAUCCUGAUACAGUUCAACACAGAGAUUUUGAUAUUGGUCCAGAACUUGGCUUGUCUUCAAAAGUAUCUGAAACAGAAAUGAGUGCUGUCCGCAUUCCUGAUGAGCAGUAUUAUAAACUUUUGCAAUCCCUGAAUACUAAGCAGAGAGAAUUUUACAAUCAUGUAACAAACUGGAUUCAAAUCAGAGAUGAACCAUUAUAUGCUUUUCUAACUGGUGGAGCAGGUGCAGGAAAAUCAGUGGUUAUUGAUGCAAUUUUUCAAACAUUACACAGAAAACUGUACUCAAAAGAAGGUGAAAACCCAGAUGAUAUUAGAAUAUUACUUUGUGCUCACACUGGAAAAGCUGCAUAUAACAUCAAAGGGACUACUAUUGCAUCAGCAUUUCACAGGAAAAUGUAUCAAACCCAGCAACACAUGAGUGAAGAUGAAUUGAACUCAUUUAGGACAAAGUACCGUAAUUUGUCAGUUGUGAUAAUUGAUGAAAUUUCAAUGGUAGGAAAUAAUAUGCUGACAUUUAUAAAUGACAGACUUCAGCAACUUACUGGUAGAAAACAAGAUUUUGGUGGUAUUAGCAUCAUAGCUGUUGGUGAUUUGUAUCAGUUACCACCUGUUGGAGACAAAUGGAUUUUCAAAGACCUUUCUAAUCCUGGUCAGAGUUUAGCAAAAAAUUUAUGGCAUGAACAUUUUCAUAUGCAUGAACUAACUGAAAUUAUGAGACAAAAGGAUGACCUCAGAUUUGCAGAAAUGUUGAAUAGACUCCGUGAAAACAAGAUGACAGAUGAAGAUAAAGAACUCAUUUAUCAACACAUCAUCAGGCAAGACAUGCAAGUCUAUCCUAAGGAGGCACCUCAUCUGUUUAUUGAGAACAAGUUUGUUGAUUGUUUUAAUAACAAUCUAAUAGAAAACCUUUCAACAAAUAAAGUAAAUGUAAGAGCAGACACAGACGUUUUAUCACAGACAAAACUCUCUGCAUCAGUGAAAUUAAAACUAGUUCAAAACUUGCCUGAAAACCCAGCAUCUACUGGACAAUUAAGAACUAACUUGGUUAUUGCUGUAGAUAUGCUCUAUGACAUAUCCGUAAAUCUUGAUGUUACAGAUGGAUUGACAAAUGGUGCUUCAUGUGUUGUGAAAUACAUUGAAUAUCAACAAUCGCUAUUAAGACCAGCUAUAGUAUGGGUUCUGUUUGCUGACUCGAACAUUGGUAUUUCAAGAAGACAUCAAUACAGCCAUUUGUUUAGCACAAAUGUUAAUACUACAUGGACUCCCAUAUUUGAAGCAAAAAGAACAUUUGUGUAUAACAGGAAGACCUAUGAGAGAAUUCAGUUUCCACUCCAACCAGCUGCUGGAAAGACAAUCCAUAAAGCACAAGGAGCAACUCUUUCAAGUGCAGUCAUCAGCUUAGCACAGACAAAGCAGCGCAAAAUUCCUCAUAUACAUUAUGUUGCACUCUCUAGAGUAAGGUCACUUGAUGGACUAUUCAUUCUGGAUUUCAAUGAAAAAAGUCUUUCUAAAGAUGAAAAUGUUGAUAAAGAGAUGGAAAGAUUGAGAGAAAAUAGAUUGCAGCUCUCAUACACACCACUUUACUCUAUCGCAGAUGAUGUGAAGAAAAUUCAAGAGAAGCUGAUGUUGAAAGAAGUACUGAGUAUUUAA